UUGUUUUGUCUCGAUAUAAUUAAUUUUAUAUUUAUAUUUCACUUUUUCCAACUUCCAUUGUUAGGUUUUUCACUUACAAAGAAAGAACUAAUAAAGUGUAUUUAAAGUCAUUAUGAAAACUUUUGAUUCCUUAUUAUAAGGUAAUUUAGCAACAAAUUUUACAACAUGUAGUAAAGAAUUCAUUCAUUAUCAAUCUCGGUGAAAGUUCCUGUUGAAGAGUCUUUGCGCGUGCUGUAUUUUGAUCACAUUUAUCCAUUAACAUGGCCGAAGGCUCAAUAAAGCGAAAAGCUGAUCUUAAAGUUGUUAUUCUUGGUGAUUCCUCAGUCGGUAAAACCACUCUAAUUCAUAGAUACAUGGAUGGUGUUUUUACCAGCAAAGCCACGACAAUUGGGGCAUCGUUUUUACUGAAAAACUGGGGACCAUAUAAUGUUGCUAUAUGGGACACAGCUGGAGAAGAGAAAUAUGCUCGUCUGUCUUCAUUUUAUUGUCGUGGUGCAUCCGCUGCCAUUUUAGCUUAUGAUAUUACAAGAUAUGACUCUUAUAACAUUUUGAAACAACGGCAUAUCCCAUUAUUAGAAGCUGCAGAAGAGAAAUGUCUUUGUGUUGUAGUUGGUACAAAAUUGGACAUUGUCAAGAAUAGCAGUCGACAAAUUUCAUCAGAAAUGGGAAAGAAUUUAGCUAAGGCACAAAAUGAGGAAAGGUUGAAUGAAAUGAAAACUUUACCAUUUUUUGAAACUAGUUCAAAAACAGGCAAGAAUGUUGAAGAUGUUUUUGAAUUUAUUUUAAAUACGUGUUUGCCUUUAGAUGAAAAAGUAAAGAAAAAAUUACCUUUAAAUAAGGAUAAUAUAGUAGAUUUAAAUGAACCAUCUCAUGGAAGGCAAAAAUGUUGUUAAAAUCUUUGUUUCUUUUUCAACACAAGUUCCAUUUUUAACACCAACAAUUCAGCAUUGUAUUCUUAUAGUAAAUUUCCUUACCAUAGCCACAGCACUAGACAUUUAUUAUAGGUACUAAAUACAGUAGUUGAAAUUAAUACUUCAAUAAAAUUUUAUUUUUUUUCA